CCAGCUCCGGGGCGCAGGGAUCUGUGCUGUGCUGAGGCUGAGGCUGAAUGAGAUUGAAGAAGAGUUCUCCUUGUUUUGUAGCUUCAGUUUCUCUGUUUUUACACAAAUUUUACUGAAACUAAAUAUAAAAUACAGCAACAAAAUAAAGCUCGGCGGGGAUAGAGUGAACCGGACUGUUUGUACGCUGUUAUUCCAUCGUGGAUCGGCUUCUUAUAGAGAUAUAUAUAUAUUUAAUUAAUCUAGAGGAGGACUGCUGCUGAGGCAGCACAGAGGGGUGGAGUCAGUCCCACAGCCAGGUGCGGCACUUUAAUGCUUCAGUUGGAUGGUUUUCCUACUGGAGACGGUGUUCAGGCUGAUCGAUCGGCUGGCAGACUGACUGGAUCCAUGAUGGAGUUACAGACGUUACAGGAGGCCCUGAAGGUGGAGAUCCAGAUCCAUCAGAAACUGGUUGCCCAGAUGAAGCAGGACCCUCAGAACGCAGAUCUGAAGAAGCAGCUCCACGAACUUCAAGCCAAGAUCACAGCGCUCAGUGAGAAGCAGAAAAAGGUGGUGGAGCAGCUGAGGAAGGAGCUGCUGGUGAAGCAGGAGCCGGAGACCAAGCUGCAGCUCCACGUCCAGACUCCUCCAGCAGGAGACCUGAAGCAGAGCCAGCAGAUACCUGCAGGACUGCAGCAGACGCUGACGGUCACGCCGGUGCUGACCACGAAGACUCUACCUCUGGUGCUGAAAGCUGCCGCCACGCCCGCCGCGCUGCCCGGCUCCGUGCUGCCGCAACGCCCGGCCACCGUCGCCGUGGUAACCACAGCUAUCACCAAACCCGACUUGCAGAACGCCCCCAUCAACCUGCAGGUGGCCAGCAAGCUGACCAAUCAGAGCGCGGAGCCCGUGAGGCUGGUAUCCAAGAACGCCAUGCUGGUGCAGGCCACCGAUGCCGCCCAGCCAAUCAAAGUUCCUCAGUUUGUCCCUCCUCCUAGACUGACGCCUCGACCCACCUUUCAGCCACAGGUCAGGCCCAAGCCGGCAGCGCCCACCAACGUGCACAUCGCUCCGGCGCCCCCCCCUCCCAUGAUGGCGGCCCCCCAGCUGCUGCAGCGGCCCGUGAUGCUCGCCACCAAGCUGUCGUCCUCGCUGGCGUCCGCCGCGCCCAUCCACCAGGUCCGCAUCGUCAACGGCACGCCGUGCAGCAAGACGGGCGCCACGCCGCUCACCGGCAUCGUCAUCACCACGCCGGUGUCGGCCGUGCCGGCGCGCCUCGCCAGCCCGGCCGCCGCCCAGGCGCCCAUCCUCACCCCGACCCCCGCCAGGCCGAUCCAGAUCAGCAGCCUCACCCCCGUCACCAAGCAGACGGUUAAAUCAGAAGGCGGAGCAGAGCAGAAGGUGGCUGUCAGCCUCCCGUCCUCCUCCACUCCUCCGCUGUCUCCUCCUCCUCUUCCUCUGCCCAGAUCCAAGAAGGAGGAGAACCCCGAGAAACUGGCCUUCAUGGUGUCUCUGGGCCUCGUCACACACGACCACCUGGAAGAAAUUCAGAGUAAAAGACAGGAGCGGAAGAGGAGAACGACGGCCAACCCGGUGUACAGCGGCGCCGUGUUUGAACCGGAGAGGAAAAAGAGCGCAGUGAGUUACCUGAACAGCCCUCUGCACCAGGGGACCCGGAAGAGAGGUCGCCCACCCAAAUACAGCAGCGUCCCGGAGCUGGGCAGCCUCACCCCGACCUCCCCCUCCAGCCCCGUCCGCCCCCUCCCCCUGCCCAGCCCCAGCUCUGGGGAUGGAGACAUCCAUGAGGAUUUCUGCACUGUGUGCAGACGCAGUGGCCAGUUGCUCAUGUGCGACACGUGUUCUCGUGUUUUUCACCUGGACUGCCUGGACCCGCCCCUGAAAACCAUUCCUAAAGGCAUGUGGAUCUGUCCAAAAUGUCAAGAUCAGAUCCUGAAGAAAGAAGAAGCCAUUCCCUGGCCCGGCACGCUGGCUAUCGUUCAUUCCUACAUCGCUUACAAAGAAGCUAAAGAAGAGGAGAAACAGAAGCUGAUGAAAUGGAGCUGUGAGCUGAAGCUGGAGCGAGAGCAGCUGGAACAGAGAGUCAAACAGCUCAGCAACUCCAUAACGAAAUGCAUGGAGACCAAAAACAGCAUCCUGGCUCGUCAGAAAGACAUGCAUCUCUCCCUGGAGAAAGUCAAACACCUGAUUCGCCUCAUCCAAGCCUUCAGUUUCAACCAGGCUGUGGCAGAGACAGACGGUAAGGACGUCAGCGCCCACGACAGUGUCACCUCCCAGGACGGUGUCAGCUCCCAGGACGGUGUCAGCUCCCAGGACAGAGUCCAGCACGGUGCAUCCAAAGCUGCAGUUAUCUCUGAAAAAGCUGCAGUCACAUCCGAACCUGCAGUAGCUUCUGAAAAAGCUGCAGUCGUCUCUGAAAAAGCUGCAGUCGUCUCUGAAAAAGCUGCAGUCUCUGAAAAAGCUGCAGUCGUCUCUGAAAAAGCUGCAGUCUCUGAAAAAGUUGCAGUAUCCUCUGAAAAAGCUGCAGUCUCUGAAAAAGCUGCAGUCUCCUCUGAAAAAGCUGCAGUCUCUGAAAAAGCUGCAGUCUCCUCUGAAAAAGCUGCAGUCGUCUCUGAAAAAGCUGCAGUCGUCUCUGAAAAAGCUGCAGUCUCUGCACCAGAAGCCAACUCUGUGGAGAAGGUGGCAACUGGGAGCUCCGCGACAAAUAGCAGCAGCAACGCUGACGGAAACCAGAAACAACAAGAGCACGAGGCCACAGGGAACAGCCAGACAGCAGGAAGUGGAGACACAGACAACCAGGCAGUCCUAGAAGACGUGGGCAUCCUGACGGCAGACGCCAGCCCCGGUGUCGGGGGAGGGAAGGCGGGGCCCGGGGACGAUGUUGCGUCCAAACCCGAGACUGAGGCGGCUCCGCUGGUUGACAUUCCCGCUGCCUCAGCGGCCGCGAACAUCGCUACGACCAACGGUACGGCCGAGCCGGCGCGCGCUGCCGAUCGCAGCCCCGCGGGAGACCGCGCCAACAACGGCAACACCAACUCUGAGAACAAGAUGGCUGCCGUCAACCCUCCAGAGACGGCAGUGGAUCAGAAACAGGACGAGAUCACCGACCGUGACGGCAGCAGCAACAACAGCAGCAACAGCAAAACCUCAGAACCCUCCCAGCAUUGUUUGCCAGCUCUCGUCAGCAGUUUGGACAAUAAAAAGUAAUGCUUUGUCUCUAAAAAAUUGCGGGAAUUCAAACAUAUAUAUAAAAAAAAAAGACUUUUGCUUGCACCGCACGGUGCCCUGAAGUUGCCAAUCUGUAUAAAUGUUGUUUGUUUGCAUUGUAUCGUCAGACUGUGUCAAUGGUUAGAUAUCCAGCCCCCGGCUCUGGAAACAUGGCGAGCCCCCCUCCCCCAAACCCAGAGCGGCAGGGGUGCAGGUACGCUGUCGUUCCAGUGUCGGCACGCCAAUUAGUGAUAGACGUCCGUGGUGGGAAUGCUCGAAGGGAGAUUUAGUUCAUCAUCACACCAGUGUGUGCCUGUUCAGUGGCUCCUGCGUUCUCUCGGUUGGGAGGGGUGAUGGUUUUCAAACGGAGAACAAACAUCUGUCGGGGGUUACUGGUCUAAAAAAACAGUGUUGUGAUUAUGUGAGUAUGAAAAGAAAGCCUGUUCGUCCCCUCGUCCCAAGAAACUAAAUGUGAACAGCCUUUGUCUUCUGCAGCUUUCCCUGAUCUCCUCUCCCUUUUGAAUAACCCUAAACUUUAACCAAUAAGUCUCAUCCUUAACGGCCCCUAUUCUUCCCCAUCUCAACCUCCUCAAACCUGUCCUAUCCAGUCAGCAACGAUUCAAUAAAGACGUCCCUCUUAAACCCCCCAAAAUGAUUCAGUACGCUUCAAACAAACUAGCUCAUACUUCGUUACAUAUAAACUAGGGCUGUCAAUUUCAAUUUUAUGUGAAAAUGUAUCGAAAUGAUCUAGGUUAGGGUUAUCUAAUGUGCAAUUAAUAUAAUGAAAGAUCGCUACUGUGCGUUCAUGUAUUGAAAUAGUAUUUCCACGGAAAAUAACUUGAUACUGUGUUGUAUCGGGUUUUUUUCAUCCACCCCUGCUCCCUACGUUUUCCGCGCCUUUAAACUAGCGUCCCUAACUUCCAAAUCAGUCUACGAACGUAACUCGUGUUCAAUCAACAACUAAACUUCGACCAAAAGCCUUCCCCUGGUGACUGAACCACGAACGUACCUGCCACAACCCUAACACUGUAACCCAACCGUAACGUGUGAGCCCGACCGUAACGUGUGAGCCCGACCGUAACGUGUGAGCCCGACCGUAACGUGUGAGCCCGACCGUAACGUGUGAGCCCGACCGUAACGUGUGAGCCCGACCGUAACGUGUGAGCCCGACCGUAACGUGUGAGCCCGACCGUAACGUGUGAGCCCGACCGUAACGUGUGAGCCCGACCGUAACGUGUGAGCCCGACCGUA